AUGUCACUGUGCAGUGAAUCAGGUAGCAUCGAAGAGAACAUUUGGGGGAUUGCGCAGUUUGGAUGUGGCAUGCUGACAGAAGUGCCUACCUUUUAUUGGGAGAAUUUGGUAAAACAAUCUGUACUGGUUCUGAAUCUUCUGAUGAUGCAACCUUCAGAAUAUGGAAUCCAAGAAGUGGUGAAAAUAUUCAUGGUGCUGGAGGACUGCGGCUGGUACCCUGGGAAUGAUCCCCGUCUUUUCAGUUCCCACUAUCAUGUUUGUGUUGCUAUUGCAAUUGAAAUUGUGGACGAUCUUCCGGAUGCAGAAGAUGCAGAUGAUGAUGCGGAAGAUGUUGGAUUGGGUGUGGGUCGUUACACAUGCAGCCCAAUCGAUGCAAGAUUAGUGGUAAUAGGGGGUGGAGAUGAUAAAGGAUUUAUUUGGAAGAUUUCUGAUGGUGACUGGGCUUUUGAACUUGGAGGUCACAAAGAUUCUGUGUUCAGUUUGGACUUUAGUAUGGAUGGACAGUUGCUUGCAUCUGGAAGCUUUGAUGGGCUUGUUAAAAUCUGGGAUGCAUCUUCAGGAGACCUUAAAUGCACCCUUGAAGGUCCUGGUGGAGGCAUUGAGUGGGUCAGGUGGCAUCCAAGAGGACAUGUGGUCUUGGCUGGUUCAGAGGAUUGCACAGUUUGGAUGUGGAAUGCUGACAGAGGUGCCUACCUUAACAUGUUUUCAGGUCAUGCUAGUAGUGUGACCUGUGGCGAUUUUACUCCUGAUGGUCAAACAAUCUGUACUGGUUCUGAUGAUGCAACAUUAAGAAUAUGGAAUCCAAGUAGUGGUGAAAAUAUCCAUGUUGUUAGAGGUCAUCCAUAUCAUACUGAAGGACUGACAUGCUUGGCAAUAACCUCUGAUUCAACUCUUGCUCUCACUGGUUCCAAGGAUAGUUCUGUCCACCUUGUGAAUAUCACAACUGGAAAGGUGGUUAGUUCGUUGACUUCUCACACAGAUUCAAUCGAAUGUAUUGGCCUUCACUUUCACCCCUCAAGAGUGCAGAAUGCUCUCUGCUUUCAUUUAGCUCUUGCUGUCGGCUUAUUCCCAACAAGCAAACAUUCUACAUCAUUAUGCUCCAGUUUCCUGUCAAGACUUGCUGUGAUAAGUUCUCCAUGGGCCGCAACAGGCAGCAUGGACAAUAAGCUCAUUGUCUGGGAUCUGCAGCAUUCAUCUCCGCGCUGCACAUGUGACAACGAGGAUGGGGUGACAUCCUUGUCAUGGCUAGGUGCUUCUAAGUACAUAGCUGCUGGUUGUGUGGAUGGGAAAGUAAGAAUCUGGGAUAGCCUCUCUGGAGAUUGUGUGAGGAUCCUCAGUGGGCAUUCCGAUGCCAUCCAGUCUCUGGCUGUAUCUGCUGAUAGGAACUUCCUCUUUUCUGUUUCUCUUGAUGGUACUGCCCGAGUAUUUGAGAUCCCAGACUUCCAGUAAGCAAAACUAGCUACUUCUAUUUCUACUAUACCAAAAUGAAAUGAGUUUCUUUAUUAUGACUACUUGUAAAAACUGUAUUGUGGCUUUUCACUUGGGCCCUUUUCUUUCUUCUAUUUAUCCAUUUGUUGCUAAUUAAGCUGUACUGGGAAAUUUUUAUCUUGAAUGGGGAGAAAUAUUUUGAACA